AUGAGGACCACCACUAGCGAGCGCUUCCAGCUCUACAUCGCGAUUUCUAACGCUUCGUUAGCCCUUCUCGCAGUUCUAACCCUGCGGGUGUCGCUUUCCCGGAAGGUUUAUCUGCCAACAGGUUUUUCUCUCGAAGAGCGAGACGAACCUCAAGCAGACAAAGACCCCUUCGAUAUCACAGACAGGGAUGACUUUGUUGACGGAUUUCCAGUGCACCGAACGACGAGUUUUUGGGCACAGAUGUACCGCAGAAACUGGGCCUUUAUCUCGCUUCAGACGACCGCUGCUGGCGUCUGGUGCUAUAGCAUCCUGAACGGGUGCAUUUUGCAGACAUGCGGCCAGAAAACCCUUUGUGUGAAUGUGCUACAACUCUUUGCUGCGGCCUGCUUCCUUUCCGUCAGCGUGUACUCGACCCUUGAUGGUCCAAAGCAUCAUUCAACGUGUAUAACUCAGCUAUCUUUUGUACUGACAAUCAAGGUCCUGACUGCAGGCGUCCUUGGCAUUUUGCCAUCCUCUCACCACGGAGAUCAGUCGGCAUGGACGAUGGGGAACGCCGACGCCUGGAAUGUGGAUCUCGCAUUGGCUAUGAUAUCGUGGUUGAUUGUCACCACCAGUCCUCGCGCUCCUGCCCUUCAUUACCCCGAGGAAAAGAUCUACUCGCCAGAGUUUCUCGCCUCAGCGUCGAAAUUUCCGGAAAACAACGUGUCGGGCGAAACUGUUACUUCAUUCCUGGGCACCCUCUUUUUUACGUAUGCCACCGAUGUGUUUAUGCUCGGACGGUCAAAUCAGUUGCUCACCUUCGACAAACUCCCAAUCCUCCCUGCCAGCCUUCGAGCUGUAGUGAAUUUCUCGGAAAUGAAGCAAGCGAUGCGACUGGUUCAACUGCCCUUUGCUAGAUUUCGACGACCAGGGACCGGCUAUCAGCUAGGAUAUCGCCUUAUCAUCAUUAACUUCAAGCUUUUGGCGCUUCUGCAGUUUCUCGCAGUUCUCACAUCUGCUUUGUAUUACGGGCCGAUUGUUUUUAUUCAAGAAUUUCUUCGAUAUCUUGAACGGGAUCCUCAGCGUGCAGAUAGCUCGUGGGGCUGGUUCUACGUUGCUGGGAUCUUUAUUGCGUAUUUUGCACUGAUACUUGCUAAUGCCCAGUUAUGGUCGAUAUCUUCCAACAAUCUCAAGACAAGCAUCAGCCUCCAGCUCAACACAAUCCUUUACGCUAAGACUUUGGUUAGAAAGGAUGUACCUUCCAACUCGAAUGGGAUAGCUUUGGGCAAUUCAUCUCCCGGCAACUUUUCAAGCAAGGCAGAGGUGAUGACGUUGAUGACAGCAGACGUCAAUCGCGUUCGUGAGAUUGCGAGGCUCUCAUUUUCACUAACAGACGCUUUCAUUGGCAUCGGAAUCGCAACAUACAUGCUCUAUGACUUAAUGGGGUCUUCUGCCUUCGUUGCCUUGGGUGUCGCCUCGUUGUUGGCUCCAAUGAACCACAUCGCAGGCCGGUUGGUGUUUGUAUAUCAAGAGAGCGUUAUGAAAUGCCGAGAUGAGCGUGUCGGACUCACAAAUGAGCUUCUUGGUGCUAUUCGAAUGAUCAAGUUUAUGGCCCGGGAACGAAGCUUUGAGAAAAGAGUUCUUGACGUCAGAUCUCGCGAGCUGACGUUUCAGAAGCGUAUCUUCUGGCUUACGACAUUGUGGACGUCUCUGGGGAACGCAAUUUCAUUAUUAAUUGGGGUGGCGUGUUUUGCCCAUUUUUCAAUCGUUCGAGGUGAAGAACUGACCCCGGCAAUUGCUUUUACGUCUAUCGUUAUUUUUGCGGAAUUGAGGUAUCCUCUUACUGAGCUUCCGGAGUUCUUCAUUGAGGCCGUGCAGGCUUUCGUUUCCUUGCGCCGAAUUGAGGGUUAUCUCAACCUGGCCGAUGUUCAACCUCUCCGAAAACCUGUCAACCCAAGAGAUGACUCCCGCGUCUCUUUACGUAAUGCCACGAUUUCCUGGCCACAAAUUUGCUCAACUGCUGAUGGCGAAGAGCAAUCGUAUUCUUCACGAAGAGGGCUGUUUUCUCUCGUCGAUGUCACCACAACCUUCCCUCGAGAUGAGAUCUCUUUGAUUUGCGGAAAGAUUGGUUCAGGCAAGACCCUUCUCCUCUUAGGUCUCCUGGGAGAGGCUGAUGUUAUGUCCGGCGAAGUCUCUUGCCCACGUUCAGCACCCAAUUCGCAUGACAUCCUAGCGCAAGUAGACAAGAUGGAUAAUUGGAUCCUGGAUGGGGCGUGUGCAUAUGUCCCACAGACACCCUGGCUCAGAAAUCGAAGUCUGAAAGAGAACAUCCUGUUUUCUCUUCCAUAUGAUGCUGAGCGCUAUUCGGCCGUGCUUCGGGCCUGUGCAUUAAUUCAAGAUAUUGAAAUGUUGGAAGCAGGCGACGAGACGGACAUUGGCGAGCAAGGGGUCAACUUGUCUGGUGGUCAAAAGGCUCGAGUGUCUCUCGCACGUGCCGUUUAUUCCAGGGCUUCAAUCUUACUACUCGACGAUGUUCUUUCCGCAGUCGACACCCACACUGCCGGGCAUCUCUGGAACGAAUGCUUCAAAGGCAACCUCAUCCGUGGCCGCACUGUCAUCCUCGUUUCACAUCACAUCCAGCUAUGUGGCCCAGAUACGAAGCACAUUUUAGCUCUCGAGAAUGGGCGAGUGCAAUAUUCCGGCUCCUGGAAUGGCUUCAAAGGGUCUAGCAUAAUGAAAACAGUUGUCAAUUAUACUCAAACCCAGGAUACAACCUUGACCGACAGUAUGGAAGAUGGCGCAAUAUCCCUUGCAAGGGACAAACUCAUCGAUCCUCCGCAUCCAAAUUCUGAGAAUGGCUCGGAAAUAAAGACACGAAAGCCCAGGAAGGAGGAAAAUCGGUUUGAGGGCCAUGUAUCCAAGACUGUGUGGUUGCUCUAUGCCCGAUCAAACGGGGGUUUGUUGUUUUGGUUGUCCUUCUGGAUCGUGUUGAUUCUUGGCUCGCUGUCGCCUGUUUGGGAGAAUGGCUGGCUGAGGAUUUGGUCAUCAGCACCAGAGACGUCGCGGAAGCCUGGUUUCUAUGUGGGCAUCUACGCUGCACUUGUUUUCUUGGAAAUAUUCAUCCGGGUUCUUGGCUGGUUACUCAUAUUCAGCGGUGCCAUUCGUGCCUCAAAAUCUUUGUACGAGAGGCUGCUAGAAGUUGUGCUUUUCGCAAGUCUCCGAUUUCACGAUACUACUUCUCGGGGAUGGCUCCUAAAUCGCGUCGGAAAAGAUUUCGAAGCUGUUGAUAACGACCUCCCAAAGGAACUUGGCCGAGUGCUCAUUAUUGGGUUGUCCCUGAUGGUGACGAUGUCAAGUCUGACAUUUGUUGGUGGAUGGCCGUUUCUGGCUACUGCCUCUGCAUUGUUCGGUGUGGCAUAUUUCGUUGGUCAGAUCUUUGGACAUGUAGCACGGGACCUCAGAAGACUCUCAUCUAUUACCAGCUCUCCUCUCUUUGCAUUGUACGGAGAAAGCAUUUCGGGGCUGACCGUCAUCCGUGCCUUUGGUAUGUCUACAAAAUUCCUGAGAGAUAUGAUUAUUUGUGCGGAUACGAAUAUGAACCCAUACUACUGGUCUGCUGGGUUACACCGCUGGCUUACUGUCCGCUUCCAACUCGGAACGGCGGUCUUGAUCGGUCUUAUUGCAGCAAUCUCUCUUGUAACGCCUUCAGUCGAUGCAUCUUUGGCCGGUCUGGCACUGGCGUUUGCGUCCACGCUGAGCCUCGAGUUAUAUUGGUUUGUCCGGCGCUCCGUUGAAGUUCAGCAGCACAUGAUUUCGUUGGAGCGCAUCAAAGAAUACUCAGACUUGCCAGCUGAACCUGCUGAAUUCAUUGAGCCACGACCGGCAGCUGUCUGGCCAAUGAGUGGAUUCAUCCAAUGCGAGAAUCUAACAGUUAGAUACGCCCCCGAGUUGCCGGACGUUCUUCAUCACUUGACCUUUUCAAUUCAACCUGGAGAGAAAAUCGGCCUCGUAGGUCGCACGGGUUCAGGGAAGAGCACUGUUGGGCUUUCCUUGAUGCGAUUCGUGGAGGCAAGAGAAGGCCGAGUACUGAUAGACGGGGUUGACAUCUCACACAUCGGCGUGACGGAUCUUAGGAGACGAUUGACCGUUGUACCCCAGGACCCAGUUCUGCUGAGUGGUACCCUUCGCACGACGCUUGACGUUUUCGGGGAGUACGACGACGCUGAUAUAUACGACGCCCUUCGACGUGUAAACCUGAUUGGCCCCCACGAAACUCAGGCUUCCUCAAGGCUUGGUUCUCGGGACAGCAAUGUCUUUGCCAACUUGGAUGGUCCUGUCUCGGAAUUAGGGGACAACUUCUCCACAGGAGAAAAACAACUUCUUUGCUUAGCAAGAGCACUGCUUCGCCGGUCGAAAGUGUUGAUCAUGGAUGAGGCCACAGCAAGUGUUGAUUAUGUGACAGACGAAAUCAUCAGCAAGACGAUCCGAGAAGAGUUCAGCGACAGUACCAUCAUCACAAUAGCUCAUCGACUGCGUACCGUGGUUGAUUAUGACAAAAUUAUGGUCAUGGAAGAAGGCAACAUCGUCGAAUUCGAUAGACCAGAAGUGCUCCUUCAAGACCAGCACUCAAGAUUUCACCAACUCUGCAAGGCAUCUGGAUUGGAAGAAUUUGCAAAUUUGAAGUCGAUGGUGGGGACGAUUUCCAAGGAAAAUAGAUCCCUUCUUGAGGAUAAAUAA